CCCGCCAACCCAGCCCCUCCGACACGCGAGCGCCAGCUGGAUUGCAAGGCGCUUUAUUUUCUGCCAAAUUCCUUCACCUAUUAACGCAACGCGGGGUGAGCCCCGGCCGGGCUCCCGGCCGGCCCCGCCGCCGACCCCCGCCGCCCCGGGCCAGGCACCCAAAGCGUUAACAGCCCCCGCCGCUGCCUUCCAUUUCCUGCGCAGCUUCUCCUUUUCCUUCUCCCGGAGCCGGCGCCCGACCUUGCGGCGGUGCCGAUGGCCUGGCGCGCCGCUGCGGCGGCUCAGCUCCUGCUCGGGCAGCUCAGCCUCCUCCCGCCGCGCCUCUCGGGUGCGGAUGCCCAGGCAGGUCAGGACUCUGAGGUGCACCAGCCCCAGGACAAGGUGGUGGUGACAGUGGGGGAGACACUCAACCUCACCUGCACCGUGUCCUACAGCAGUUACCCUUCUAGCGUGGCAUGGCUGAAGGGCUGGGGCAGUGGGAACAAGACAGUCUAUGAUCAGAAGGGCUCCUUCCCCCGCGUGACAAGGGCGGUGAGUGACUCCAACACGGACUUCAGCAUCCUCAUCAGGGAUGUUCGCCCUGAGGACACCGGCACCUAUUACUGUGUGAAGAUCCGCAAAUCGGUGCGUGGUGAUGAGGUGUUUCAACGUGGGAAAGGCACGGUAGUGUCCCUGCGCGGUUCAGCCCUGGUUCCCAGCAUGGCGGCUGCAGCUGUAGUGCUCUGCUUCCUCCUCGGCCUCUUCAUCACCCUUUACAUGUACAAGAGGAAGCACAGAGGCAAGGCAGAGAGACAGUGCCUGGCCAGGCUGGCGGCCACGGACAGCUUCUCACCCGUCCCUCUGCUGUGCUCUGCAGAGAGCCCUGGCAUCCCCAGCAGCACAGUUCUGGAUGCAGGGACCUCACAUCUGCCCAGCCAGUAUUCACCGUUUGUGUGCACUUCUGCAGCAAAGCAGCAAGGAGGACAAUGAUGUCCACUAUGCCGAUCUCCAGCCACUGCCCGUGGCCCCGCAGCACAGCAGGAGCCCCAGCGCAGCCUGCUCUGAGUAUGCCAGCAUCAGGGUCACUGCCAAGUGACGUGUGGCGCAGAAGUCUGCAAGGCCAAAGAACCCGUUUUGGGUGAGGAAGCAGGGACAUUUCUGCAGGGCACAAUAAAGAAGUGGUUCUGUUUGCAUGGCA